UACUCAACCGUAUGCGUAAAUUCAUAAUCUUAAGUUCUAUGUUUGUAUUCAAGGAGUGAAGGAGUUACAACAAUAUAAAUAAAAGAUGCUAUAACAAUAAAUAUAGUCUUGCAACAUUUUACCAACUUCUUAUUAAAUAGUAGAACUUACUAUAUUUGAACAAAAAAAAAAUUAAAAAGUGAAACCUAAAACGUUGGACGUAAUAACAUAGUAUUUUUUACAUAAAUAAUUGUUUAUAUUUUAAAAGAAGAUGCUAUUGCUUUUUGUAUGUUUUGUGUUUGUACAAGCUAAAGAUCGUCAUAAACUAAAAUUGCAUAAUAGUGGCUUACCAAGGUCUGAAGACGUUUUCAAUGCAGAUGCAAAUAGCAUAAAUUCCGAUUUUAUUAACCAUGGAAACCAGGUUUUCUUAUAUCAAGGAAAUAUUAUUGGUACACUCGAUGUUUUGCAGAAGGAGUACUUUGUCUCUUUUGAUAUUUUUCCUAAAACAUACACUAAAGGCUGGAAAAACGUUAUUCAUUUAACUCAGAAUAAAGAUUUUGGAGAUUAUGGUGAUAGAAUUCCAGGCGUUUGGUUUAAUGAAGAUGGCUCAGGAAAACUUUCCAUUCGUACUGCGGUUAGGGGCGAUAAUAACUUCAAUGUUGAAACAGAUCCUCUUCCUUUAAAUCAAUGGACUAAUAUUAAAAUAGGCCAAGUUAUGCGUCAUUAUAGUUAUUGGUUUUUUGUUUAUUUGGAUGGAUUCAGAAUUUAUAUUGUUGAAAACACUGAUGCUAGAGAUUUUAAAAACGUUAAGGUAUAUGCUUCUGAUCCUUGGUAUGCUGCCCAAAAUGGUCUUAUUUCUAAUAUACUCAUUAUUAAUGGAAAUGCUGAAAAUAUUGUUGGUAGUAUCCCUUCUGAAUUAGUUAAAGGAAAACUAGUUGCAGAGAUACCAAAGCUUAAGAAGGAGUAUUUAGUUUCAUUUGAUGUCUAUCCAAGUAAGUUUGUUGCUGGUCAGCAUAGUGUUAUUCACUUUUCUAUUGGUUCUGAUUUGGGUCAUUACGGUGAUCGUGUUCCUGGUAUUUGGUUUAAUGCUGAUGGAAAAGGUGGUCUUUACGUUUCUGCACCAAUUAAUGGUAAUUUUGACAAAUUUUUUAUCACAAAUCCAAUUGGAUUGAAUGAGUGGUCUAACAUUGAAAUUAGUCAAAUUUUAAGAAACUCAGUUUAUAUAUACACAAUCAAAAUAAAUAAAGAAAUCGUCUUUUCUGAAAUUAAUAACCAAGUACAAAGUUUUGAUAAUGUAAAAGUAUAUGCAGCAGAUCCUUGGUAUGAUGUUCAAAAUGGUUUCAUAAAAGAUUUUUUUGUUGUCAAUGGUUUUACAAAUGAUGGAUUUCAGCCAGUUAUUGUUCUACCUAAAGAAAAUAUUAUCCAAAGAAACCAGUUACACUUAAAUGUCAGCACUUUUUUUGGAUCACUCUAUGUUUUGAAAAAGGAGUUUACUGUCUCUUUCGAUGUUUUUCCUAAAAUAUACAAUGAAAGCAUUAAAGAAGUUUUUUAUUUAAGUGAGACAGAAAUUUCGGGAAUCGAUCGUUACAGAAUUUUAGAGGUUUGGUUUCUCGAUGACUCAGAAAAACUUGCAAUUAACUCUGCAUUUACUAAUCGAGGUGCCUACUUUAUUUUAACACCUAAACUUCCUUUAAAUCAAUGGUCUAAUGUUAAAAUAUGUCAAAGUAUGCGUAAAAAUAUGUAUUGGUUUUCUGUUUAUCUGAAUGGAGUCAACAUUUAUGAUAAUGAAAACUCUAAUGCUAGAGAAUUUAAUAACAUUAUGGCAUAUGCUUCUGAUCCUAGAUAUUUGGCCAACAAUUUUAUAAUCUCAAAUAUUCUCAUUUUUAAUGGAAAUGCUGAUACUUUCGUUGGCAGUUCUCCUUUUGAAUUAGUAAAAGGAAAAAUAAUUGCAGAGAUACCAAAGCUUUUUAAAGAGUUUUUGGUUUCAUUUGAUGUCUAUCCAAGAGAGUUUGUUGCUGGUUGGCAUAGUGUUAUUCACUUUUCUAUUGGUUCUGAUUCGGCUCAUUACGGUGAUCGUGUUCCUGGCAUUUGGUUUAAUGCUGAUGGAAAAGGUGGUCUUCACGUUUCAGCUCCAAUUAAUGGUAACUUGAACAGAUUUUUUAACACAAAUCCAAUCGGAUUAAAUCAGUGGUCUAACAUUGAAGUUAGUCAAAUUUUAAGAAACUCAGUUUAUGUAUACACAAUCAAAAUAAAUAAAGAAAUCGUCUUUUCUGAAAUUAAUAACCAAGUACAAAGUUUUGAUAAUGUAAAAGUAUAUGCAGCAGAUCCUUGGUAUGAUGUUCAAAAUGGUUUAAUAAAGGAUUUUUUUGUCGUCAAUGGUAUUACAGGGAACGCUUAAAAAGACCGAGUUGAUGAUGUAAAAAAUGUGGAACAGGCACAAAUAAAAAUAUUUUGUAUAAAAAUCAACAUCCAUAUGUAAAUUUGUAUAACUGUAAUAGUAUUAUACAAUGAAGAAUAAAUUUUGUUUUACAAA